CCCGGGCAGAGUUCGGGAGUGCGCCGGGGGCUGUCCCGCUCUUCCGCUCCGGGGCUCCAGUCAGCUGGCGGCGCGGGGCCGGUUAUCAUGUCGCUGAGGCAGCGCCUGGCGGGGCUGGCAAGCCGUCUGCAGGAGCCGCAGAAAGUGGCCCGUUUCCAGCAGCUGUGCGGGGUGGAAGCGCUGCCCAGCGAUGCCACUGCCGACCCGAAGCACGGUGACCGAGAGGCGGAGGCACAGCUGGCCGGAGACGCCCGGCGGCGAGGGCGGCCGCUGGGGGCGUGCGGAGGCCCCCAGCCGCCCGGGGGCGACCUCAAUCAGUGUCAGGCCAAGUGCGGCGGCGGCGGCGCCCCCAACGGCGUGCGGAACGGGCUGGCCGCGGAGCUGGGCCCGGCUCUGGCGAGACGCGGGGCGGCUCUGCGUCGCAACUCGCUGACAGGCGAGGAGGGCCGGCUGGCCCGAGUGAGCAACUGGCCCCUGUACUACCUUUUCACCUUCGGCACGGAGCUGGGCAACGAGCUCUUUUACAUCACUUUCUUCCCCUUCUGGUUCUGGAACCUGGACCCCCUGGUGGGCCGGAGACUCGUGCUCAUCUGGGUGCUGGUCAUGUACCUGGGCCAAUGCACCAAGGACAUCAUCCGUUGGCCGCGGCCUGCCUCGCCGCCCGUGGUCAAGUUGGAGAUCUUCUACAACUCCGAGUACAGCAUGCCCUCCACCCAUGCCAUGGCCGGCACCGCCAUCCCCGUGUCCAUGUUCCUUCUCACGUACGGCCGCUGGCAGUAUCCUCUUACCUAUGGACUGAUUCUUAUUCCGUGCUGGUGUUCUUUAGUUUCCCUAAGUAGGAUUUACAUGGGAAUGCACUCCAUUCUGGAUAUUAUCGCCGGAUUCCUGUAUUCCAUUUCAAUCUUAAUGAUCUUCUAUCCAUUUGUGGACUUGAUUGACAACUUCAACCAAACGCACAAAUAUGCUCCAUUUGUCAUCAUUGGCCUUCACUUAGUCUUGGGGAUUUUUUCUUUUACCCUUGAUACCUGGAGUACAUCCCGAGGAGACACGGCUGAGAUUCUAGGAAGUGGUGCUGGCAUUGCGUGUGGAUCUCAUGUUGCUUAUAACAUGGGUCUAGUAUUAGAGCCCUCUUUGGAUACAUUACCUUUAAUUAUACCUCCCAUUACUGUGACUCUGUGUGUUAAAGCCAUUUUAAGGAUCCUCCUAGGGAUGGCCCUUGUACUAGUAGUGAGAAAUAUAAUGAAAAAGAUCACUAUUCCAUUAGCCUGUAAAAUUUCCAAUGUUCCAUGUGACGAUAUUCGAAAAGCAAGACAGCACAUGGAAGUAGAACUUCCUUAUCGUUAUUUAACCUAUGGAAUUGUUGGCUUCUCUAUCACAUGUUUGAUUCCUUACCUAUUUUCAUGGAUCUCUCUUAAUUGAGAAACAUUGUUAAGAUAAGUAAAAAGGAUAUCAGUUAUUGAUACCUGCAAAUAUAUGCUAGGGAAAAGCCAGAUCAGUUAGGCUUUUGCAGGAAUUUAACUUAAAUAAUUAUUUAAGUAAAUUCUUAAGAGUCAUUGUGCAUUUUACCAUUGCACAUCCAGUUGUUGUUCUAGGUAAGCUGGGCUAUUUCAACACUAGUGAAAGUAAGUGUCCAUUCAGAGUGUUCAUGCCAUGUUUGGGGAGUUUUAGUACUGUUAUGGAUCAAA